AUGGUGACAAAGUUCUAUCAGCACAGUCUUGCCUUGACAUUUGCUGUAAAUGAGAUUAACACGAAUCCUAAAAUUUUGCCCAACAUCACCCUUGGAUUUCACAUCUAUGACAGCUACGUUCAUGAAAGGAUGACAUAUCGUACCACUCUGGACCUCCUCUUCAGAUCACACAGAUUAGUUCCUAACUACAAGUGUUCAACCUCAAAGAAACUAAUUUCUGUGAUUGGAGGACUUGGAUCUGGUAUCUCCAAUUGUAUUUCAGGCAUCUUAAGUCUCUACAAAAUUCCACAGCUCCACCAGUUUCUUCAAGGAAUGUCAUUUAACAACUCAGCUGGAGAAACCAUGUCUUUUGAUGAGAACAGGGAAAUGGGAGCUGGCUUUGACAUCCUCAACAUGGUCACCUUUCCAAACAAUUCCAUCAUUAAAAUGAAAGUUGGAAGGGUGGAUCCUAAGGCUCCUGAAAGUAAAGAAGUCACCCUCGAGGAGGAUUUACUCGUGUGGCACAAGGGCUUUAACCAGAAACUGCCUGUUUCGAGAUGUAGCGAUGCCUGUCAGCCUGGUUAUCAGAAAAGAAAGAAAGAAGGGGAGCCCUUUUGCUGCUAUGAAUGUGCUCCUUGCCCAGAAGGGAAAGUUUCAUUCCAGAAAGACAUGGAUGUCUGUUCUAAAUGUCCAGAAGAUCAAUAUCCAAGCAUAGACCACGAUCAAUGUAUUCCCAAGAAGAUAAACUUUCUCUCCUAUGAAGAACCAACGGGGAUCUGUUUAGCUUUAGCUGCUGUUUCUUUCUCCAUAAUCACAGUCCUGAUACUAAGAACUUUCAUUAAGCACAAAGACACUCCCAUUGUCAAAGCCAACAACAAAGAUGUCACCUACGCUCUCCUCAUUUCUCUCCAGCUCUGCUUUCUCUGUUCUUUCCUCUUCCUUGGAAAACCAAGCAUGUUGACCUGCUUACUCCGACAAUCUGUUUUUGGCAUCAUCUUCACAGUAGCAAUUUCUUGUGUGUUGGCCAAAACAGUCACUGUGGUUGUCGCUUUCAUGGCCACCAAACCAGGGUCCAUCGUGAGGAAGUGGGUAGGGAAAAGACUUACAAUCUCCAUUGUCCUUUUUUGCUCCAUGAUCCAAAUAUGUAUCUGUACAGUGUGGUUAGGAACCACUCCCCCCUUCCCCCAUGUGGACACAAAGUCAAUGACGGAAGAGAUCAUAGCAGAAUGCAACGAAGGGUCUUCUGUUAUGUUUUAUAUCGUUCUGGGCUACAUGGGUCUUCUGUCCUCCAUUAGCUUCGCUGUGGCUUUCUUUGCCCGGAAGUUGCCAGACAGUUUCAACGAGGCCAAAUUCAUCACCUUCAGCAUGAUGAUGUUUUGUAGUGUUUGGUUGUGUUUUGUCCCAACCUACCUGAGCACCAAAGGGAAAUAUAUGGUUGCCGUGGAGAUCUUCUCUAUCUUGGCCUCCAGUGCUGGGUUACUGGGUUGUAUCUUUUUCCCCAAAUGUUUCAUGAUCGUUCUGAGGCCUGAACUGAACAAAAGAGAACAAGUAAUAACAAGAAAACAUUAA